AUGUCCUCUAACAAAGUACCCAUAGGCCUGAGAUGGCGUGCCAGCACAUCCUUUAUUCUUACCACCGUCGCCGUUGGACUUUUUACCGACCUCUUUCUCUAUGGACUCAUCGUCCCUGUCCUACCUUUCAUGCUUAAAGAGCGUGUCAAUCUCCCAGACGAAAAGAUCCAAUCCUAUGUUUCUGGACUUUUGGCUGCCUACGCUGGUGCUAGUGUCAUCUUCUCCAUACCCAUUGGAGUCAUUGCGGACAGAGCCAAUGCACGCCAACUGCCUUUCCUCUGUGGUCUCGCCGCCCUAUUAGGCGCUACAAUUAUGCUUGCGCUGGGUCAGAGCAUCCUUGUGUUAGUCAUGGCUCGAAUUCUACAAGGCAUCAGCGGUGCAAUUGUCUGGACCGUGGGUUUGGCAAUGGUGCUCGACACUGUCGGUCCAGAAAACCUAGGGAAGGUGAUUGGAUCAAUCUUCUCCUUUAUAUCUGUGGGUGAAUUGGCAGCACCUGUACUAGGAGGGGUCCUCCACAACAAGACCGGUUAUGCUGGGGUGUUUGGCCUGGGGUCGGCUCUUCUUGUGGUCGAUUUCAUCCUACGAAUGCUGAUGAUCGAGAGGAAAACCGCCGCGAAGUACGACAAAUCUUAUCAAGGUGCUGGUAAUCCCCGCGAACACGGAGUCAGGGAAGAAGAGGGUGAAAAUAGGGAAAGCAGCGAAGAAGAACCUCUGUUGCCGAAGAAUGAGGAGGAGCAUUACCGCAUCCCUCACGGCCAAAACAGUUUGCUCCGAAACCUGCCCAUUCUCUACUGCUUUUCCAGUCCGCGACUUCUCGUCGCACUUCUCCUGGCUUUCGUCCAAGCAGCCUUACUCGCGACGUUCGACGCCACUAUUCCCACGGAAGCAGGAUCACUAUUCGACUUCGACUCGCUGCAAGCAGGCCUCCUCUUCAUCGCACUGGAUAUUCCCUACCUUCUGCUCGGACCUCUGGCAGGCUGGGCAGUGGACAAGUACGGCACCAAGCCCGCAGCCGUGAUCGGCUUUGGAUAUCUCGUUCCCGCGCUUAUUCUUCUCCGGCUGCCAACGGAGCACCUCGUCUCGAGCGCUAAGGGGAACAUCAUACUAUACUCCGCCCUACUCUCUCUCAAUGGCAUCGGUCUCGCGGUCAUCGGGUCUCCAAGCAUCGUCGAAGCAAGUGACGUUGUCCAAAAAUAUGACAAGGCAAAUCCCGGCUUAUUUGGCGAGAACGGGCCUUAUGCACAACUGUACGCCUUCAACUCAUUAGUCUUCAGCGCUGGUUUGACUAUCGGUCCGUUGAUCAGUGGAGGGCUCAGAGAUGCCAUUGGGUACGGAAACAUGAACUUGGUCGUGGCUGGCAUCACAGGCAUCACGGCUGUUCUAUCCUUCUUGUACAUUGGGGGCAAGCCGAAGCUACUUCAGGGAUAG